AUGCUAAAUAAUGCUAGAGAUGUAGCGAUCACCACUGAUAUUUGGACGUCAAUGAACACAGACUCGUAUAUCACUAUAACAGUCCAUUUUCUCAUCCAAGCCCAAUUAAAAACAAUGGUUCUAUGCACUAAAAAAUUGGAAUGCAGUCAUACUGCUGUUAAUAUUUGUGACUUAAUGACAGAGGAAUUGAAUAAAUGGAACAUUUUUGAUAAAGUUGUUGCUGUGGUAACUGAUGGCGGAGCAAAUAUUAAAGCUGCAGUUAGGCUUAUGAAUCUGAGUCAUGUGCCUUGUACUGUACACAAACUAAACUUAGUCAUUCAACAGUCUCUACUGUUGUCUGACAAUGAAGAGACUAGACCCUGUACUAAUACAAAUGAAAGUGACUUAAACAAUUUACUUAAGAAGUGUCGAAACAUUGUUGGAUUUUUUAAGAGGAGUGAAGUCGCAAACAGAAUGUUAAUGGAUAAACAAAAACAGCUUGGUAAUGAAACGGUGCUAAAAUUAAAGCAAGAUAUACGUACUCGGUGGAACAGCACGUUUUUCAUGUUGGAAAGGAUUAUGAAGCUAAAAGAACCAAUUACUAUUGUAAUGAUAACACUAAAAAAUACUCCAUGUCAUCUAAAUUCUGAUGAAUGGAAUAUCAUUGAAGAUAUAGUACCAUUGUUAAGGCCAUUUGAUAGAGUAACUGUUGAGCUCUCUGCAGAACAAUAUCCUACGAUCUCAACAGUUAUUCCAUUGAUACGAGGUUUGCAAAUGUCAUUAGGAUCAAAAAAUCCAACAACACUACUGGGAAAUUUUAUAAAACAAAGACUGAUAGACAAUACUGCUAAGCGUUUUGAGAGUAUAGAAGAACAAGGAUUAACACCGCAUUUUUCUAGAGCCACAUUGUUGGACCCAAGGUGCAAGAAAGUUGCCUUUGGGUUGGAACAAAAUGCCAAUGAUACAGAGGCGUUUUUGAUUACUGAAACAGCCGCUUUGAUUAGGAAUGUAUCAAACACUGAACAAGCUACACAAGAAAUGGAUCAAAAUGAAGAAGUUGAUAAUGUGUGGAAUUUUUUGCAAUCUAGAGUGACUAAUGUUCAGUCACAAACAACGACAGCAAGUAGUGCUACAUCCUUGAUGAAUCAGUACAUAAAUAUGCCUCAUCAAGAUUUUAAGAGCAAUGUGGCUAUGUUUUGGAACGAACACAAGGUUGUACUAGCUCCACUGAGUGAUAUUGCACUUAAAUAUUCGAUUGUUCCAGCAACCUCAGUACCAGCAGAACGCAUUUUUUCUAAGGCAGGGAUGUAUAUGAUGAUACACAAAUCCCAAACCAAUCGAGUAGAACAUUGCGUCGAACAACAAGUAAAGCACACCAAACAAGUUCAAAAAGAGUACUAA